AACGUUUUCCUUCUAUCGCUUUCUGUUGCUAACCGUUCUUUGUCUUGUCUUGUUCUGUAUGCAUGAAGCACAAUACAAUACAAAGACUUUGUAUCCUUCUCGAAACUACAAGACAGGUUGUACGAUAAUCACAUGAUACACACACAACCACAAACCACAAUACCGCACUCCAUGGAUUUACCUUGAAACUUACCUAGUCCUCUUGUUAAUAAUUGCUCAUGCUGUAAGCAGUAUUGGUGAAUGAAAUGGGAAUUUGAACAGUCAACAAACCAAUAUCUCGUGACUUGCAUGCAGCUCUUCUUUGAUAAUGGUGACCAGAAAUUAUUUUUCUUAUCAACUGGGCGACUGUGAAUUUAGUAUUAUCGAGUCAUACAUUGAUAAUUGCCAUUGCCACAAACAAUCAUCAAUCAGUUAAUUGUCCCAAAUGUCUGAUAUACUCAAUGGCCAACGGCAUGAUAGGAGCGCACUUAUCCUUUAUGGAACGGAAACUGGUAACUCUCAAGAUGUGGCCGAAGAAUUGGGACGCAUUACAGAAAGACUUCAUUUCAUGACAAGGGUGUGUGAGAUGGAUGAGGUUGACAUUGGAGAAUUAUCAACGUACACCUUUGUUAUAUUUACAUUGUCAACUACAGGUCAAGGAGAAUUUCCAAAGAAUGCAAGGAAAUUUUGGAAUAGUCUUUUGAGAAAGCGUUUGCCUCCCAAUUGCUUGAGUCACGUGAACUUUACCACUUUUGGUCUUGGUGAUAGUUCCUAUGCAAAAUUCAAUUUUGCCUCUCGUAAACUACAUAAAAGACUGGAACAGCUUGGUGGGAAUGAAAUAUAUCCCAGAGGUGAAGCAGAUGAACAACAUGAUGAAGGUAUUGAUGGGACUUUCCUCUCUUGGUAUAUUGACCUUAGGAAGAAACUCCUCGAAUCAUAUCCAUUGUCAGAUGGCUUAGGUCCAAUUCCUGAUGAUGUCCUUCUACCCCCAAAAUACUGGCUAGAGUUGGCAAACGAUUCUUCUACAGGUAUUGGGAAAUCAAGUUUAUCGCUCGAAAAUCCAGAUGACAAUGGUCAAACUAAAUUUGAUACAUUAAAUAGCAAGCUUGCUCUUGCCAAAGAUUUGGAAGCUUCCAGCUUAUCUGAAGACUCUACUGAUCCAGAUACACUUGGAGACUCCGAUAUUCAAGCUCAUCAAUCUUCCGUCCCAAACACAGCGAUAAUGGCAGAUAAAUUUGGCUUGGAAUCUGGGAUAAGAUUUGAUAAUGGUUUUGACGCACCAGGACCACCAUCGAAUCGAUUGACCGAUUUCGACAAAGAGCAACCAGAAGAUGACAAUGUAUUACCCCCACCGGCGCUUUUGAAAGGGAUUAAAAAGAAUCGUUCACCACUUAUUGUCACUAUGGAAGCCAACAAGCGCGUCACUCCUUCAGGCCACUGGCAGGAUGUUCGCGAGAUCACAUUCAAGCUUAGAGGCAAAGAUUUCAUGUUGAAUCCUGGGGAUACCAUAUCAAUAUAUCCCAAAAACUUUCCUGAAGAUGUCCAAACCCUCAUUGAUCUGAUGGGAUGGAACGAUGUUGCGGAUCUGAAGUUGCACUUUAAACCAAAAUCACCGGAUUGGUUUGGCGCGAAAAAUUUGAUAAUGGCCCCAGAUGGUCUCAAUAAGAUUGGAGACGAACAAACACUCAGAGAGUUACUGAUUCAUAGUCUUGAUUUUCACGCCAUUCCCAAACGCCAUUUCUUCGAGCUUAUGGCCGGUUAUACAAAUGAUCCAACACACAAAGAACGCCUCCUUGAGUUUCGAGAUCCUCUCUAUACCGACGAACUUUACGAUUACACCACUCGUCCUCGUCGCAGCAUUCUUGAAUGUCUUCAGGAUUUCCCAAGCGUCAAGCUUCCUUGGAAACAUGCCAUCACCAUUUUCCCUGUGAUCAGAGGUCGUGAAUUUAGUGUCUGUUCCGGCGGCGACUUUCACAAACCCAGCGUAGUCCCAGACGAAUACUCCCAAAAGUCUAAAGAAUUGAACAAUUACGGAAACUUCGAUGAUGCUAGGCCCUUCCAAGAUUAUCAAUUUCAAAUUCUAGUCGCCAUUGUCAAAUACCGCACCGUUCUUCGAAAGGUUCGCAAUGGUCUCUGUUCCCGUUACCUAGCCACUCUUCCCAAGGGAACAAAUCUCACGAUCCAGUACAAUGCGAACCCUUCUUUCUAUAAAGUACCCCCGCUUGUGCCAAAACUUCCCCUCAUCUUAGUCGGUGCAGGUACGGGAAUCGCACCUCUACGAUCAUUGAUCUUACAACGCUUGAAAGAAAUUAAACAAUCAAGGGAGGGCAUGAUACAGUUCGGAAAAGUCCAUCUUAUAUAUGGUGGACGUAAUCGCAACGCUGAUUACUUCUUUGCUAAUGAGUGGGAAUCGACUCAAGUAAAAGAUCAUGUACAUACAAGUCCGGUUUUCUCGCGAGAUCAGAAACAGAAAAUUUACGUACAAGAUGAAAUUAGAGCACAAGGAAAGGAACUUGCAGAUUUUCUUACGAAUCAAACAGCAAUGAUUUAUGUUUGUGGUAGCUCGGGCGGUAUGCCCAAGGCUGUGAGAUGUGCUUUCUUGAGCGUCUUGCAAAUUCAUGCGGGCAUGAGUAUGGAGGAAGCGGAGGAUUUCAUCGCGAACCUGGAGAGGUUAAAGAGAUAUAUACAAGAGACGUGGUAGAGUAUCUUGUAGGUGGCAGAUGGAGAGGGAUUGGAGUUUCAUUAAUUGAUGUGGGGUAAUCAUUGUGGAAUACAUCAAAUUGCGUGGAGAUUCUAUCCCCACACUAGAUGGAUAAACUGACGGCUGCUAGAAUGGCUUGGGCUUAUGAGAAAACAUGUAUAAAUUCUCCGGUUCUUUCAUCGCAAUUGUACUCGCAAUUUUACUGGCGACGCUAAAAACUGUAUCAUACAAUUGAACACAUCACUACCCUGAUACAUGGAGCUUUAUCAUAAACCUCCUAGAUUGC